AACUACUUUCCCAGCAAGCAAGACAUUUUGCUGGCCAGAAAAGCGACCAAGGGCAUUGUGGAACACGACUUCAUCAUCAAGAAGAUUCCUUUCAAAAUGGUUGAUGUGGGCGGACAGCGCUCUCAGCGUCAAAAGUGGUUUCAGUGCUUUGACGGGAUAACGUCCAUAUUGUUCAUGGUCUCCUCCAGUGAGUACGAUCAGGUCCUCAUGGAAGACCGGCGCACCAACAGACUGGUGGAAUCCAUGAACAUCUUUGAGACCAUCGUCAACAACAAGCUCUUUUUCAACGUGUCCAUCAUCCUGUUCCUGAAUAAAAUGGACCUCCUCGUGGAGAAAGUGAGGAGCGUCAGCAUCAAUAAGUACUUCUCAGACUUCAGAGGCGACCCCCAUAGGCUGGAAGACGUUCAGCGUUACUUGGUGCAGUGUUUUGACCGGAAGAGACGGAAUCGCAGCAAGCCUCUUUUCCACCACUUCACCACAGCCAUAGACACUGAGAACAUCCGCUUUGUGUUCCACGCCGUGAAGGAUAUGAUCCUUCAGGAGAACCUUAAGGAUAUCAUGUUGCAGUGAAGGAAAACUGCCUUCCUUCUAUCCGAAUCUACUCUAGUCAU